AUGCCCUCUUCCAACUCUCCAAUGCCCCCAUCAGGCACAGACGCAGGCCGCCCGCCUGGCAAUAUCACCGUCAUCCAUCCCGAACAUAACGUGCACCGCAGCCAGCACGCAUCGGUCGAGGACUACAGCCGCAUCAUGCUCGAGUACACCCAGCGCCGCAUGGCCGGGUUCGCGGAUCUCGAAGACACAGGCUACGCAACCAGCCGCAGCAGCAGAAGUAGUAACAACAGCGGCCAGAGCGGCAACUCGACCAGCGGCAUCCUCGCCGGCCACGCGGCUGGUCCUUCUCCCCCGUCAAAGUUCCCCAGCGACAGCCCCGACAGCGCUGGCGCUCAGUCGGCGGUAUAG